AUGCGCGAGCCGAUGGACACACCCGAGACGUCGCAUGCGAACCGGUCGACGUCGCCGCCGCUGCCACCCGAUCGGUCUCUCUUCCAGCGAUCACUAGACGUCUCGGCCGACUGCCAGCGGCCUCUACCGCACUUGAACCCACUACCGCCGCGGUCUCCCACGCUCAGAGACAACAGUGACAAGACGCUGUUGGUGUUCCUGUACCCAGACGGAGCCACCGCUGCGGGUCUAACGCCUAUUCGGGCCAUGUCACCGCGCUCAGUUGCAGUGGCAGGAGCCGAGACGCAGGAGGUAGAGCCUCUUGGGAAGGCCGUCGACAGAGCGGUGGACAGCAAGAAACGCACUCGCGACUUUGACUACCACAUAGCCAGCUCAGACGACGGGACGGAGGGCGAGACACCGCGCUCUCGGAAGCGCAGCAACUCGACGUGUAAAGCCAGGAAACCCACGUAUCUUGUCCGGAAGGCGGAGAAGGACGAGUUGACGAAGCAGAUCGACAAACUAGAAGCUCAACUGGAAUAUCUCAAACACACUGCGUCCAUCAGACCCGAGUGUCUCGAACGAGCACGAGGGGACCACAAGUUUUUCGAGCAGGAGAUGCACAACCAUCUACUACGUGAAGCUGUGCGCAACCAGCACUUUCAGCUCUUCAGUGCUCAGUCCGCGCUUUCGGAACUCUCGGACCAAUGCCCGAUCAACACGUUUAUCCAUCUCGGCUGUGAUAUCCAACAACGUCGCUCAGUUUUAGAAGGGAUGAAGGCGCAAAAACUGCGAGAUGCCAAGCAACUUAUGGAUAAACGUAUACAAUUCUUACGAGACCCAGCCGAACAACGUCGUGAGACCGCCCAGUUCCCUACAGACUCGGGGUCUCUAUGCUCUGUGGUCUUUGACGUGCACCCGCUCGACUCUGGCGUGGAUGUGGAGGACAUCAAACACGCAUAUCGAGCAGCCUCGGCAUACGCUAAACGUAUGGGCACCAUGGUCCCUCCCUACACUGGAGAAGAGUCUGGUGUCGUGCACAGUCGCCUUCAAGUGGAUACAUCGCCGGAUCUGCCCACGGAGUCGAACUUUGUGGUCUUCUCGGAGCUGCAAGAGCCGAAGUUUGUAUCUUCCCCAACCGAUACGAACGAGAAGAGGAAUAUUGAGCCUCUUGGGCUACUGGUAAUCGAUUCAGUGGAUGAAGAUGAGCUGCAUCCCUUCCGACCGGAUAAAUUCUUAAGAGAAGACGUCAACGCAGUGAUCACGAUUUCCAGAGGAUCUCGACGUGUUCACAAAGGCAAAGACCACGACAAACUCGUGCCGUGUCUUGUGUUGACUCGCUGGGUGUUGCUGACGUUGCGACCGGACCAAAAUGGUGUUGCGUCCACGAAGGCGAUGGAUUUCCUACUUCAGACGUCCAUCAACAUGGGAAACGACAUGCUACACGCAAUCCAAGAUGCAAAAACUGUCGAUAGAGGUGGCUACAAGCCUUGGACCAUUACGCGUUGUUCUCAGACUUCACAAGAUGAGGCGGAAUAG